UCCGAAAUUUCUGUUCAAAAAAAUUUUAAUUUUCAAAUUAAUUUUAUUUAGAAAAUCCACUCUUUAUUUUUUUUCUUUUGUCCAUAUCUCUUUUACAUUCAUUUUACUUAAAAUCUUAACCGCCCUAACUUGUGUCACUUACAAAACUUUUAGAUUCCGAUUUUUUAAUUUAUAUACAAAUAAUAUUUUUAUGAUACUACUUAAUUAUAUUGUGAUGAAAAAUAAAUUUUUAUUAUUUAAUGACUCGAAUUUUCUUUAUAAUUUUACAAUUUACAUAUAUGUAUGUAAUAUCUACUUAUUUAAUCAAAAAAUUCAAUUUUUGACCUUUUUAUAAAGCAAUAUAAAGAUGGCUGAGGAUGAGACUUCUUCUCGACAAUGUCCAAAAUGCAAAACAAGCGAAUUCCAAAAUCGCUCUCUUGUCAUGAUGCUCAAUGAAUGUUGUCAUCCAAUAUGCCAAAAUUGUAUGGAGAAUUUGUUUGCAAGAAAUGUUGGUCAAUGCCCCUACAAAGAUUGUGACCGGACGCUGAAAAAAUCUGGAUUUUGGAUUCAGGAAUUCGAUGAUCUCCGAGUAGAACGUGAAAAUUUUAUUAGAAAACGCAUUCUUAAGACAUUCAACUUGCAAGAAGAUGACUUUGAAAAUCUCCGCGAUUAUAAUGAUUAUUUGGAAAGAGUGGAGGAUAUAAUUUUCAAAUUAACCAAUGACAUUAACACUGAAGAAGUGGAGGCAGAAGUUAAAUUAUUCCGAGAAGAGAAUUCAGAAUUAAUUGAAAGAAAUAAGAGGCGACCGUCUGCUGAUGAUUUAUGGAUAAAACGAAUGCUUGAUGAGGAAGAGUUAAGAAAGAAAAAACUUGAAGGACAACACAAAAAUGAUUUGGACCAAGAAAAAUCAUUAUUCAACCCAAAGGAUGUAAUUGAUGAACUUCGUUCAAGUGAUUUACCUGCUGAAGUUGUGUUGGAUCGACAAAGGAAAAAACAAAUAGAGCAUGAAAUGGCAGAGAAGGAGAAGGCAGAACGCAUAAAACGGAGCAAAUUAGAAGAAAAACAGCGAGCAAGUGAUCGUGCAGUUUAUGGAGUUGUUCGUCAUGCUGGAAAACCAUAUUUUCAUACUACGCCUGUUAUUUCAUUGAAUGGUCCACCAAUGCUUAGCGAAUAUGAACUUAUUGAAAAUAAUUUUAUUAAAUAUGUUCGCGAACCAUCUAUUCAAUCAAUUGCUGGCGGAUUUCACUCAAAACUUGGUUGUAUGCGUGCCUUGUUUGAAGCCCGCACUGAUUUAUUUUUAUUUUAA